AUGGAUUUUACUAAAGAACAAAAUAAAACUGAUGAGGGAGGAGUAAGAGGGCGCGAUGCGCGAGGAGUAGAGGAGGAGAGUAAGGGAAAGGAGCUAGUGAUUGCCAUUAGCGCGUCCAACUCGAGUGACGAAAGUGAUGAGGAAAUGUCUGUGCGGCGGCUACGAAGCCACGCCAAGAAGGCUGAGCCGGCGCCGAAGAUGACCCUAAAGUUCACCUCAGGGGAACUAAAGAAAAAGAGGGCCCUGAGGGAAUCGUCCGGAGAGGAGGCAGGUCCAGCUAUGGCCAAUAAACUGUCCACGGCGGCCAGAGGCCGCAUAAGAGGUACCGCAGGGAAACAUGCGUUCCUGAAAGCGGCGAAGGAAGGCCUGGCGAAGGGGUUGGAGAGUGACUCGGGCGACUCCGACCCCACAUACCGGUCCUCCUAUCGGCCGCCAAGCUCGGUUCCAACGAGGACGCUGCCGCGCAGGGAGCAGCAAGGCGCUGCUGGAGAAGAGCUGCGCAAGCUCCGCGCGGACAAUGCUCGACUCGCGAAAGAGCUCGAGCUAGUCCGCGCCGAGCUGCGCGCCUUCAAGGAGGCAUACUCGGAGUCGCAGAAGCGAGCCAACGCGACUGCGACUUCGGGGGAGGCACCCCAGGCCCAGCCGGGCCUAGAGGAGGUACUGAGGAGUGCCAUGGAGGAGAUGAGGCGCGAACUCCUACAGUCUGUUGGCGGGAUGGUGAACGCCCGCCUUCAAGGCUUGGAGUCGCGCCUCCCCCCAGAGCCAGUGGUGAGGCCCCCACUGGAAGCGGAUAAGAGGCAGCCGCCGCCGCCCCGACCUGAAGCCCAAUCGGGCCUAGUGGCCGGGGCCAUGAGAGGAGUCCCGGAGCCGGCUGAAGCCCCCAAGGCUAAACCCAGGCCGGCCCGACCGGGGCCCAAAAAGGGCCCCAAAAAUCGACCAACUGGCCCUCCUCCUCCCCCUCCCCCCUCUCAGGUAUUGAGAGGACGGGUAGGUGGAGCCCAGCUGCACGAAGUUGCAGCGGGCCAGGAGGACAACGCUCCCCAGGCAUCGGGGAGCAUUGUCCAAUGGUCGAAGGUGGUCGGCCGCAAGGCCAAAAGGAAGG